UUAUUUUUGUUUUUUUUACUGUUAAAAUGACUGGAACUGAAACAACACUUUUGUUUUUAAAUGAGCUGUUUUUGUUUUGUGUUUUGAUCGAACUUUUUAAUAAAAAUUUUUUUAGAAGUAAAUGCAUAACAACAAAAUCAAAAAAAUGAACAACGUAUGGAUGUUGGUAUGUAUUGUCAUGCAUAGCCGUCAUGUGUUUAUGAAGGACUUUCAUAUCGAGAACUCUGGUAUAUUUCCAGUAGAAGUUGACGAUUUAGGAAUGAGAUUUUUUUUGACUAUUGUCAACAACGGCAAGGAUCGUAUUACUGUGGAAAAAGCCCACAAGCCAGAAUGUUGUUGGCAAGUGGAACCUGACGACGAAGACUGUGUUGUAGGUUUUGAAAUUACAUUUUAUAGCUUAAGUCAUUAAUUCUAUAAGUAAUUGUCUUAUAAUUAAUUGUCUUAUUCAUUUAUUUUUGCAAUGGUCAACAUGUUGGUUUAAACACAAGUGUUUUUAUUUUAAAUUGCUAGAUCAAAUAUAUCAUUUUAGUAUUCAAAUCUUAUCUUUUCUUGAACAUAGGUUUAGUGGUUGAACUUUUAGGGAUCUUUUUUCUAUUAUCAGGUACAGUGAAAUGAGAACAGUCAAACCGAAAUGAUAUUUUUACCAUAAUUAAAUCCUGUCAUCUCGUUGUUUUUGUUUUUUAGUCUAUGGACCUCUUCGGUGGGUUUCCAACCCAAAUUGAUCCUAGAACAAGGAAAAACGUGACGUAUGUAUUUUCAAACUUGGUACGUAUGCUCAAUAUUGUCUGUAACGUCGACAAUCGUCGUAUCGUUUACAGUGUUAAGACGUUUAAACAGAUGCCUUUCCUUUUUAUUCGUCUUGAAAGAACGUUUUAGCGUAACAAAAGUAGAGAGAACUUUCUUUUUUCUUAUUUUCUUUUUGGUGUAGUAUCCGUUAGAUCGGAAAGGUGUUUGUAAGUUCCAUUUAACACAAGGUGAUCAUAUACCAGUGAUGCACAAAGUAAAUUUUGACACUGCACAACAGGACGAUGGCUCAUGGAUGAAAGAGCUUUUUGGUAAUGGCCCAUUAAUAUACAAAAGAUGUAAUGGCGUUGAUGAGAAUCCAAGAAACAAUUGCCAUCCUUACAACUGCGCUAAGAAAUACAACGGCUACCGAAGUUUUUACAAAGCUGAGAUAUCGAAGUGCGUACCAGUGACAAAGUGCACGACACGACUUGGAGAUGACCAGUUGCCUACAUCGGCAUUUGAUUUUGAAAACAAUCGAUGCAAGAGUUUGGUGGAGAAUGAUCUAAAAGAAGAAGAGAAGAAAGUCGUGUCAGCUAUACUUGAUGAUAGCCCUCUAGCAAAAGAAUUCAAUAAAUAUGUGGAUGUUAACCCCGAAGAUCUCGUGCUGGAUUGUAAGAAUGGCGUCCAAGAUGGUCGCUUCUGUCACUGCAAUAGAGGAUGGAGGACUGUGUCUGUUCUGACUGCAAAGGGAGGUGUCAAAAUGAAGUGGUGUUCGAAAAAAGUGCCAGUUGAGAGUAAACAAUCAGCAUCAAGUCGUUAUAUUAAAAUCGGCUUGCUCGUCAUUUUGUUAUCAGGAUGUUUCUGCUUGUUGUUUCUUGUUCUCUACUUAUGGUGGCGCUUGUUCGUUAGGGAGAUUGUACAAGGAAAACCAGCAGUGCACGACACCUCGAAAGCCAACCUCAAGUUAGAAGAUUUUCCCUUUCCGUUUUUUUCAAAGUGGAAGAUAGAUGGGAAAUAUUAUGACAGUAUCGAAUCUGAGGAUAGUUUUGUGUCUCUUCAUGAAGAUGUUGAGACAAGCUGUGGCUUCUCUGGAGAGUUAAUGUCUAAAGAGAAAACAUUUGAGCACACCGACUACGCGCCAAAGAUAGUGAAAAUACGUGAUGCCAAACUGCAACAUGAUGUGGUCAGAAAUACUAGUACUGCUCCUACUAACAAUUUGAAAAAACUUCACUUGCACGUUACCGAAAGUGAUAGCUUCGUGCUUGUUCCACAAGAAGAAGAUCAGGCAAUAAGGGACUCGUCUCAAAACAGCUGUUUAGCCUCGACGCACUCCGGUAAAACCAGCGCUGUUUUCAAUUCUGACGAUGUUGAUGCUGAAGACGAUAGUUCAGAUUCUACUGGAACAGUUGUGGAGGAUGUUGAUGAAACAUACGAAGAGGAGGAAGUGAAUGUCUAAGUGCGUAACUGGUAGUAGUAGCGAAGAUAAGUGCAGGUUAAAAUAGUUAUUAUUUUAAAUAUUUUUGCGAAAGACCGAGUACCUUUGACCUUGUAAGUUUUUUGUUCCGAAAUAUACGUUGUUACUUUA